AUGUCUCGCCCAAGCCCUGAGAUCCACCCCCGCUUCACCUCCCCCGAGUCCCUCUCCGACUGGCUCAAGCCACGUCUCCCCUCUGACUCCUUCGCCUCCUGGGGCGUCGAGCCCGGCACCAAGAAUGUCCACAACCUCUGGCUCGAGAUCUCCGAGGGCGAGACCUCACUUACCAACUCCGUUCCCCCGGUCCGCACCAUCAAUGUUGUCUCGCUCCGUGUCAUCGUGGCUGACGGUCAGGUUCUCAUCGAGUCACGCCAGGAACUAUCCGAUGGCAGUGUCCACCAUCGGUGCAUGCUCUUGUCGGAGAAGAUGAAGCCAAGCGAGACACCCGAGAUGGCCGUGAUCAGGGCCGUGAGGGAAGAAUUGGGAUCGGUUAUACGAGUGGAGGUUGGGAAUAUUGGGGAUGUCGUGAGGAUUGUUCCGGGAUCAUAUAAGAUGAAAGUAGAUGAGAAGAAUUCAAUUUCUUAUCCGGGAUUGCCGACGCGUUACAUAUUCCACUCGUUCGAGGUGGAGGUCGAGGGACUGCCGGAGGACUCAGAGUUCUGUACGGUGGAAGAAGAGGAGUAUGAAGGUAGCGGUCAUGCAGGCGUUGCGAACAGGGCGGUUUCUGUGAAGAGGCACUACUGGAAAUGGGUGAGUGCUGAUUCUGUUGAAUCUUGAAUGUUAGUUUUUUGGUUGAAGGGUUGGGAGUUUUGGCUCUUCAA